GGUUUAAAUAUUGUGAAGAGGGAUGUUUGAAAUUCACGGCAGGGCAGAGGGCUGGAUAUGGAGUGGAUGUGGGCAAUCGCCGCCACAGUGCUCCUCUGUCUCUCCUUACCUUCCUCUGCCUCGCUUGAUCGAGGAGCUGGCUUGUGCAGCGUCUUCGUGCGGCCAUUUGGGUAUCCUUGUCUCGAGCACAAGGUGACCACUCUAGAUGGAUUCCACGUUGCUGUCCAGCGGAUCCCGUAUGGAGUUCGCAAGGGUGGUGCCCUUCCUCGUCCGGCAGUCUUGCUCCAGCAUGGAUUGCUCCAGGGGGGCGAUACUUGGUUUCUGAAUCCGCCAUCGCAAUCACUUGGUUUUAUCCUGGCAGAUGAAGGUUUUGAUGUGUGGAUUUCCAACGGCCGUGGAACUUAUUGGAGCCGGGGUCACGAAACUCUCUCCAUACACGAUAAGAAAUACUGGGACUGGUCUUGGGACGAACUCGCAGAGUAUGACAUCCCAGCAAUACUGGAGUUUAUUCACAGCUCAACAUCUUCGGAAGUGUUUUACGUUGGCCAUUCUCAGGGCACCAUCAUAGGCCUGGCGGCGCUAACAUCACCAAAAACUUCUCGACUGGUAUCUGGUGCGGCAUUCCUGAGCCCGAUCACGUACUUGGAUCAUAUCACCUCCAAGCUCAUUCGUACUGCCGCAUUUCUUUACAUUGACGCGAUUUGCAAUGCGGUUGGUCUGUAUGAAUUCAACCUUCACAACGAAAUCGGCGUGGAGCUCGUUGACAAGGCCUGCGCAGAUCCGGAAGUGGACUGUGGAAACCUUCUGGCGGCCAUAACUGGUCCCAACUGUUGCUUCAACGUGUCGAGAAUCCCAUACUACUUGCAGUACGAGCCACAGUCCACGUCUCUCAAGAACAUGCAGCACCUCGCACAAAUGAUCCGGAAGGGCACGUAUGAGCGGUUCGACUAUGGCUGGGUGGGAAAUCUGCGAAACUACCGCCAGCUCCAUCCUCCAAAGUAUGACAUCGCCACCAUUCCUGCCCUUCCAGUGUGGAUGGCUUACGGUGGCAAGGACUGCUUGUCCGACACCAAAGAUGUCGCACACACACUGGAGCUCCUCACUUGCAACCCCAAGGUGCUGUACGUGGAGGAUUAUGCACACCUCGAUUUCAUCCUCAGCACUCGAGCGCGGGACGACGUCUACAACGACAUGAUCGCUUUCCUCAAGGGCCACUUCAGCACUAAAUGACUUGUGCGCGCGUGCGUGUAUAUAUAUACUUCGACUGUAGCUAGAAAGCUUGAUAAAUCCAAGGCAUUUGCAAGCA